GUCGUCUCUUACGUCACAGCUGGUUUAAUCGGGACGAGGUGUGUUGCGAAGAGAGAGGAGUCCAGCAGGAGGAUAGAGACUCUUCGUCCUGCAGCAGUUCAACAUGGACGUGAAGCAGCACUGUGUGAAGCUGUCUGUGCAGCCAUCCRGAGGACUCCUGGACGAGAAGUUUGUCAUCCUGGUCCAGAAUGCUCUCCCUGGUUCUAAGAUAACUAUCCACGCCCUUCAUCAGUGUGAAGAUGGACACCACUGGCAGGCGUUCGCCCACUACGUUGCUGACACCACAGGGRCUGUAAACGUUUCUGAGGACUUCAGUCUGGGUGGGACAUAUUCAGGGCUCGAGCCGAUGGGUUUACUGUGGGGCCUGAAACCAGUUCCAGGCAGCAAACCUGGCCUCAGGAUGAGGAAGAAGAACGUUCAGAUCCCCAUGGAGGUUACAGUCUCAGUGUACCACGAUCACCAGACAGAAGGCUUUAUGGAUCAGGUUCCUCUGGCUGCUGUGGUGGUGGAGCGAUGGUACAUGGCACCUGGUGUUCGCAGAAUCCCCAUCACAGAGGAUGGGCUCACCGCAACUCUCUUCUUACCUCCAGGCCCGGGACCUUUUCCUGGUCUCCUGGACCUGUGGGGUGGAGGAGGACAGUUGGUGGAGUACCGAGCAGCUCUGUUGGCUUCUCAUGGAAUCGCCUCCAUGGCCCUUGAUUACCUGACCUGUAAAUUCACCAUGGAAACUGGGAAACAUGUGGGCAACGACUACUUUGAGACGGCCUACAGAGUCCUGUCCCAGCAUCCACAGAUCCUUGGCAGCAGAAUCGCCAUGUUGGGUCUGUCACUGGGCACCAGUAUCACCCUGAGAAUGGCUGUUUAUUCCGAAGUUGUAAAGCUCAGGUGUGCUGUUUGUAUCAGUGGAAGUCAUGUUCAACCACGAAAUGCAUCUUUGGGGGACGUACUCACUUAUUUGAGCAGUAAUGCUGAGAAGACCCGGACCGAGAACAAUGAGGUCAUCUGGCGUGAUCUGCUGCUGCCCAUCCCCUCUGACCCCACAAGCAAAGUGGAG